AUGACUUCUAUAAGAAACCUGGCCUGGGCUGCAAUCAUUUUAUGUGCCAUGUGCCUUUUUACAACCUCUGAUGGAAGACCGAUGGUGAAGAGGUCGGUGAGCGAGAUGCAGCUGAUGCACAACCUGGGCGAGCACCGGCACGCGGUGGAGAGGCAGGACUGGCUGCAGAUGAAGCUGCAGGACGUGCACAGCGCCCUGGAGGAUGCCCGCGCCCAGAGGCCCCGCGGCAAGGACGACGUGCUGCUGGGCCGCAGGCUGCUCCCCGAGCACCCCAAGAAAUCCCUGCAGCUGGACAAGGCCUACAUGGAUGUUCUCUUCAAAACAAAGCCGUAGUGAGAGAGCCGGAGCGCUGUCUGUCCACGUGAGCACCUGUCUGUGUAGCAUUGAUCAACUAGGGCAUUUCAUUCCUAUUUAUUCCAGCUGCAUAAGGAUUAAAGGCUCUCUUCAAGGCCCCUCUCAGUGAGACAUUUCACAACCAAAUAAUAAAAUGUAUUUACAGUCUAACCAGGACCACCACUGGGUUCCUUUUGCCUGAUGUAUCUUAUAGAUUGCUAGCAACACAGGAAAAAGAAACCCAAACCAGUAAGAAAGGUGGAAAACCAUUUAAGACCAGUUCUACAACUCUUUCUGUGUAAUCACUAGGCCUGCUUGUACUGUUAACCAGAAAGGAAUAAAUGCAGGGGAGCCUGUCUCCAGAACAGGGCCUAGGGUUAAACUUUGUUUAACUUUGUACUAAUGGAAAUACAUAAAUUAAACCCACAACUGUUUUCAAAAGAAGGCCUAAAAUCAAAUUAACAUUAAUUACACUGCAAAAGCUGCACAAUAAUAAUCUAGGAUUAAAGAGUGCAAACAGAAAAGAAAUAGAAGAGGAAGACAAAGCUUAAGAUUAAAGUACAAAGGGCUAAAAUUAAAACAAAUUCUGAAGAAUUUUGCAAAAUACAGAAAUGAAGUGAGGGUUUGAUUGCCUUCCCCUCCUCCAAAAGAUGAAAUCCUAUAAUUAAGUGCAGAAACAGUGGGAGCAGAGAUGGUUGCACAAAUGUAAGCAUGGCCCUAACUACAGAACUGGGAAAUUAUUCCAUACCAGACAAUUACAACUGAAACAAAAAUCUUGUGAUAUUUGCUUUUUGUCCCUCUUUUACAGUCUCUGAACUUCUGCAUGUUGUGCUAGGCCUCAUGUGUAAUUUUUUUUUUUGAGAGAACAGUGGCUCUCAUGAAUAAAAUUACUCAUUUCCAUAUGCAAUUUAUGGUAGAAUUGGGAUCUCAGUUUUCCAGACCUCCAGAAUGAGAACCAUUAACAUGCAGAAAUCAAUCUGGGAGAGGAACCAUUAGCUGGAAUACAUUCAAACUCCUAGCAAGACUCAGAAAGAAUUACAGGG